UAGCGUACGACGCGCCCUCAUGGUCAUAAAAGCACAAUCAACGGGUCGAUUUUCCGUAUAUCAACAGAUACCAGAUAUUCUAAUAUUAUCAGAUAUUGUCAGCGUCCUCAGCUGACGCACAAAAAAUAAUAGUAUAACAUCAAAAAUGUCAUUCGGCGAAAAAAUAGCUUCGAUCAUGCAGAGGCCUGGACAGGAUCCUGUCGCCAAAGAUGAUGUGCCCUGGUGGAUGAAAUAUGCGGGUCGUGGACUUGGUACUGUAGGAAGUAUAAUUGCAAUUUUCCUUGGAGCAUGGAAUUGCAUAUCGAUAAUUUUUGCGAACGUUGGCUGCUUAAUUGGCGGUAUGUGGCAAAUGAUAGCUGGUUUCCUGGUUAUAAUGAUCGAAGCACCCUGUUGCUGUUUGUUCAUUGACUUUGUACAGAAUUUUAGUGAUUGGGUGGAAAAGAGACCAUAUUGGAAUAGAGCAGCUGUUUAUUGUUUAAUAGCAUUACCAGCAGUCUUCCUAUGUACUGAAAUAAGUAGUAUAUUUGGCAGUGGACUAAUAUUUACAACAGGCAUAAUAUAUGGAAUGAUGUCACUAGGCAAAAAGGCACCUUUUGGCGAAAUGAGAACAACAGCAAUGGAUGUUCAAGCUCCAUCAUCAAGCAUGCAGUCCACACUAGUUGAAAAUACUCAGCCGAUCGGUCUCAGCAAUACCCCAGCUAGUAUUGUUUGAUCGUUAGUAAUUAAUUGGGUGAGCAACUUAAUCUUUUUUUGUGUUGUACGAAUGAUUGUAAGUGAUAACUGAUCAAAACUUGAACAAGUAAAUAAGCAGACAUGUCUGAUUUUAUUUUUUUAGAUCUAACAUUGAUACAAAUUGUGAUUUAAGUGUCCCAACAGCAACUUUCCAAGAUAUUUAUUAAAACUUUGGGACAAUGAUAAAUACAAAUUGUAUCAUAAAUAUAUAAAAACAUGUUACGAUCUGAAAAGAAAUCUAGAGAAAUUUUUUGAAUUUUAAUAUUUAAUGGGCUUUUUCUGAUCUAUUUUUACUUUAAUAUAUUCGAGAUACAUUGAGAUAUAAGAAUUGUGUUUGUUAUUUCUUAUGUUUGUAUUAAAUGAGUAUGUAAGAUAGUAUGGGAUAUAUUACGGGAAGACAAUACAGAAAAGAGAAUUUAUUGCUUCAGUUUAAUAAUGCCAAAGUCGAAGACUGUCAUAGGAAGUGAUGAUGAAUCUAAUUAUUCAUAGAUUCAUGUCUAUUGUAUGUCAUGAAACGGUAAACAGAAUGAUAGAAAAUUAUAGAUUGAUACAACUUGACAACUUAUUUUAAUGUAUAAUAUCAAAGCGUUUUAUUUUGAUUAGUUAAGUAAGUACUCAAUAGACGAAACUGAAUACUUCCGUGAUAAUAUUGCAUUUGAAUUAUAAAACAGAAUUGCUUUCAGAAUGUCAUAUAAGGAGCAGAAAAAAGACAUAUAUUAAUCUUAUAUUCCUUUUUUGUAAUAUUAUGUCUAUAGAUAAGCUUCUCUCUGCCAAAUAAAAUGUAUACGUAAAAUUUAAAUAUUUUAAAACAGCAUUAUUUAUACGGUAUUAUAAAUUUUAUUGCAUCAUUAUAAUCUUAAUCUAUAGCGAUCUAAUAAAGCUAUGAAUAUGUGUGGGCAAAGUGAGUUAAUCACUUUAAUGUUUGUUUUCGAUCAUUUUAAUUUAAAAGAAUUGACAAUUGAUAUAUACUCAGUUCUUUAUCUUUUUCUUAUAUAUGUAUUGGGGAUAAUACUGUUUUGGUUGAUAAUUGCUUUUAUAAUUAAUGAAAAUUGGACUAAUGUAAUGUGUUUCUGUUAAAAAACAUAUUUUUGCAUAUGUAUAUUGAUAAGUUAAUUAUUUUCAUGCAAUAUGGCAGAGGAAUAAUCUUUGUAAUUGGCACAUUGUUAAUAUAUUAAAUAAAUUUUGUAUAAUCAUGAA